AUGUCUAACGAUGCUCACAGGUGGGAGCAGGUUGCAGAGCUCUACGGUGGACCAGCCGCAGACUUGCAGAUCACUCCUCAGGCAUCUGUAAGGUGUUAUGUGGGCCAGUUUCUUGGUACUUCCUGGCCAUUGGUUACAGUUAACCAGUGGAUUAACGAGAACCACAUUAUCUGGACCCUCUGUGCCGCCCUCGCAGCACAUAGCCGCGACGACGACUGGACACGCACAUUUGAGAACAACCAUCGUGUCCAGUGGGAUCGGAUACAGGCGACUGUAGAGAAGGCCCAGGGUGUUGACCGGUUUCUGCUAGAUAUCCCACCCCCGCCUUUGCUGCUCGCUGUAUUCCGAAGCACCAGUAGGUCUCUGCGCCAGAACCACGCCAUCAUGGCCACACCUGCUAGUGUAUGUUCCAAUGGAGGCCUCCUGGACCUCUUGCGGUUUCUCUAUCACGGAGGAUUUACCUCGACUGAUGUCUUCAUCGUAGUUCUGUAUGACACGGAGUUUACCGGUUUCGCGCCGGUUUCGCCUCCGUACGCUGCCCUGGGAUUGCCAGACCCGCAUGUCGAUGUGCCAGUAUUGCACCUCUCUCGUCCGGAGGAGGAUGUGCCCACUCUGCCUUCUCCUCCUCCUCCUCCUCCUCCUCCUCCUUACCGCGGUAUCACUCCACCUCCACCUUACCGCGGUCCAUCUCCUGCUCCUCCUGGUUAUUCCCCAUGA